AUGGCGAUCGUAAGCCUCGACCCCGGCCUAGGAGCGACCUCGGUGGAAUCAUGGGGUGGCCAGACGGCGGCUUUCGGCUCCAACCAAACCGUCGUUGACAAAGUCACCCCGGACAUGCUGCACCUCGUAGAUCCACACUGGUACCAAUUUCCACCUAUGAAUCCCAUGUGGCAUGGUUUGUUGGGUUUCACGAUCGGUAUAUUGGGUUUUAUUUCAAUAACGGGUAAUGGAAUGGUCGUUUACAUAUUCACAACUACCAAGAGUCUUAAGACACCCUCGAACUUGCUGGUGGUCAAUUUGGCUUUCUCCGAUUUCCUGAUGAUGCUCACUAUGGCUCCACCGAUGCUCAUUAAUUGUUAUUACGAAACGUGGACCUUUGGUCCGCUAGCUUGCGAAAUAUACGCUUGCUGUGGGUCACUAUUCGGCAGUAUAUCGAUUUGGACCAUGACCAUGAUCGCCUUCGACCGAUACAACGUGAUCGUUAAAGGUAUUGCGGCAAAGCCAAUGACUAUCAAUGGAGCACUCUUGCGCAUCCUUGGGAUCUGGCUCUUCUCGCUUGUAUGGACUCUUGCACCCAUCUUUGGUUGGAACAGGUACGUACCUGAGGGCAACAUGACUGCUUGUGGAACUGAUUACUUGAGCAAGGAUUGGGUCAGCCGCAGUUACAUCCUCGUAUACUCCGUCUUCGUAUACUACACGCCCCUAUUGCUUAUCAUUUAUUCUUACUUCUUCAUCGUACAGGCUGUAGCAGCUCACGAAAAGGCAAUGAGGGAACAGGCAAAGAAAAUGAACGUGGCUUCCCUGCGAUCAUCAGACGCCGCAAAUACAAGUGCCGAAUGUAAACUGGCCAAGGUUGCACUUAUGACCAUUUCACUGUGGUUCAUGGCCUGGACUCCAUAUUUGGUCAUCAACUACACGGGAGUAUUCGAGAGUGCACCAAUCAGUCCCCUCGCCACCAUUUGGGGCUCAGUGUUUGCCAAAGCCAACGCCGUUUACAACCCAAUCGUAUACGGCAUCAGCCAUCCCAAAUAUCGAGCUGCUCUGUACCAAAAGUUCCCGUCUCUGGCGUGCCAACCGUCAGCAGAUGAGACAUCGGGUUCUGUGGCCUCCGGUGCUACUACCGCCUGCGAAGAAAAACCAUCAGCC